GAUAUGGAUAGUGAUUCUAGGCAUCUUCUCAUCCCUGAGGUAGAUCAUGAAAUAAUAAAUCCUGGACCUAUGAAUAUCCAGUUUGAUUCAUCAGAUCUAAGAUCCAAAAGGCCUUUCUAUAUAGAGCCCACAAACAUCGUCAGUGUGAAUGAUGUCAUUCAGAGGGUUAGCGACCAUGCCUCUGCCAUGAACAAGAGGAUUCAUUACUACAGCCGGCUCACUGCUCCUGCAGACAAGGCACUGAUUGCCCCAGAUCAUGUAGUUCCAGCUCCAGAAGAGUGCUAUGUAUAUAGUCCAUUGGGUUCUGCUUAUAAACUGCAAAGUUACACUGAAGGAUAUGGCAAAAACACCAGUUUAGUAACCAUUUUUAUGAUUUGGAAUACCAUGAUGGGAACAUCUAUAUUAAGUAUUCCUUGGGGCAUAAAACAGGCUGGCUUUACUACUGGAAUGUGUGUCAUCAUGCUGAUGGGCAUUUUAACACUUUAUUGCUGCUACAGAGUAGUGAAAUCACGAGCUAUGAUAUCAUCAGUGGAUACCACUACCUGGGAAUAUCCAGAUGUCUGCAGAUACUAUUUUGGCUCCUUUGGACAGUGGUCGAGUCUCCUUUUCUCCUUGGUAUCUCUCACUGGAGCAAUGAUAGUUUAUUGGGUGCUUAUGUCUAAUUUUCUUUUUAAUACUGGAAGGUUUAUUUUUAAUUAUAUUCAUCACAUUAAUGACACGGAUGCUGUACUGAGUACCAAUGAUAGCAACCCUGUGAUUUGUCCAAGUCCUGGGAGUGGUGACCAUCCUGACAAUGGCUCUAUGAUUUUCUAUGCCAAUGACACGGGACUCCAGCAGUUUGAAAAGUGGUGGAAUAAGUCCAAGACAGUGCCCUUUUACCUCAUAGGGCUCCUCCUGCCACUGCUCAAUUUCAAAUCUCCUUCAUUUUUUUCAAAAUUUAAUAUCCUAGGCACAGUGUCCGUUCUCUAUUUGAUUUUCCUUGUCACCUUUAAGGCCAUACACUUGGGAUUUCAUUUGGAAUUUCACUGGCUUGUGCAAACAGAGUAUUUUGUACCAGAGAUAAGAUUUCAGUUUCCACAGCUGACUGGAGUGCUUACCCUUGCUUUCUUUAUUCAUAAUUGUAUUAUUACACUCUUGAAGAACAACAAGAACCAAGAAAACAACGUGAGGGACUUGUCCAUUGCUUAUAUGCUGGUGACAUUAACUUACCUCUAUAUUGGAGUCCUGGUUUUUGCUUCAUUUCCUUCACCACCAUUAACCAAGGAUUGCAUAGAGCAGAAUUUUUUAGACAACUUCCCUAGCAGUGACAUCCUGUCCUUCAUUGCAAGGAUAUUCCUGCUGUUCCAGAUGAUGACUGUAUACCCACUCCUAGGCUAUUUGGCUCGUGUUCAACUAUUGGGCCAUGUCUUCGGUGACAUUUAUCCUAGCAUUUUCCACGUGCUGAUUCUUAAUCUAAUUAUUGUGGGAGCUGGAGUGAUCAUGGCCUGUUUCUACCCAAACAUAGGAGGAAUCAUAAGGUAUUCAGGAGCAGCAUGCGGCCUGGCCUUUGUAUUCAUAUAUCCAUCUCUUAUCUAUAUAAUUUCCCUCCGCCAAGAAGACCGUCUGACAUGGCCAAAGUUAAUCUUUCACAUUUUUAUCAUCAUUUUGGGCCUGGCUAACCUGAUUGUUCAAUUUUUUAUGUGAAAUACUCAAUGUCUUCUCAAAAUCUUUCAUGGCAUUUUGAACUUUGACAACAGUUCCACAUAAAUUGACUUAUAAAUGCUGUUGUUGCUAUAAUUCUAAAUGUUUUCCUAAGAUAAUUUGAAAAAAAGGGGUGAGGGGAAUAGUGGUCCAUGAAUAAGUAAUUUUGAUUAGAGUGGAGAAAGGGGCAAGAAGAAUGAUCUUUGUCUCACUUCAUAUGCACCACCCCUUCAUUCUCAUUGUCUUUUCUGAGUAGAAGUAUAUGCCCUUAGGAAAAAUCAUGUUGGUUUUUUAUUUUUACAGAUAUAAGGUGGGUGGGUUUAUUUUGACUACAGUGAAGAUUCUCAGGGUAUCACAGCAACUAUUGCCAGAUGCUAUUUCUGUUUUAUAUUUCAGUGUAUUCACUUUCAUUUUAUUACUUGCUAGGCCAUUUCUGCAGUUUACCCAAACAUGUACUGUUUGGGACAGUAAACCAAAUACCUCAUUUGUAAAAAGAAAUCUCCAUGGCAUCAGUGUUAAAUGAGUGAACUCUUAACUGCAUCCUUAAUCUCUAUUUAAAAGAGAGAAAGAAGGAAUGUCAGUACAGGCUCUUUGGUCAUGAACCUUACACAAAAUAAAUGAACUGGGAG